AUGAACAAACGCUUCAGUCUGUCGAAAAGGUUCAGUUUAUUCUCGUUCUUGUUGUUUACUUUUUCGGGUUAUAUCUAUAAUGCUUUCAUAUGUGCUGUCAAGAAAACAACAAGAUGGUUAUCAGUGAUGAUGCCUUUAAGAUUGGAAGCGAAAGUAAAAGCAGAAGCAAAAGCUCUUCGUAUAAUUUUGGGAAGCAAAAUCGGAAGCUUUCAUAUGAUUUCUGAGAAGUUUCCAUCCCCUGGUUUAAGUUCUUUCACACAAUAUAAAUAA